ACGGGUAGAGCACACCAAGAUCUCCAGUGUUACAUUGUCGGCCUGAUUGCUGGUGCAGCUCCUCGUCAAUUUGUGAUUGUGAUCCGUGCUCUUAUGGAUGUCCGGUACAUGGUGCAGUCUCCUUCGCCUGAUGAAAAUUUACUGGCGCAUAUUGACAGAUCACUUUUGAUCUUUCACAAAAACAAAGACAUUAUCAUCUCCCUAAAGGCUUGGAUGGGGACGAAGAAGCCUAUCAACAACUGGUUCAUACCGAAGCUG